CAGUUGUUUUCCGACCUCCGUUCGCGCAGCGUCGUGUACCAAUGAGCUUACCAAGAAGCAGGAGCUAUUAUUAAGAAAAAGUAAAUGGACCGCACUUUUAAAUUUAGAAUUAUAAUACAUGACAGUGACGUGUUUAAUGUUAUUGUUUCGAAUGUGAGAACAAUCUCGAUAACGCGAAUUGAUACACGCGGUUUUAUUUUUAAUUUAAUUACAUGAUGCUUUCCUACCUUGAACUUAAAAUAAAAUUGGUAGAAGUAUAUAUUAUACAUCGUUUUCUGGACAAGCGCGCGCUUUUUACAUUUUAAUGAUAUUAUUGAUAGUGUCGAAAGAAGUUGUCAGUGUCAUACUUUUUCUUUUAUGAUUUGUGAUUCGUGAUCCGGGAUGCCUUGGACAGGAAUUUAAUGGUUGUUUUAAUGUUAUUUUGUGAAGUGUCGUGCUUGUAGCUUGUAGAUAUGGCUAAUAAAAUGAUGGGAUACGUGAUCUGUGGAUAUAGCUCCGUGGAUAACUUAAUGAGCGACCAGGGCUCGCCGUUUCGUCGCUGGACCACGGGCAGCGGCUCCAGCAGCUCGUACCGCCACCACGAUCACAGAAGCAUCUACAGUAAGCAAAUGAGCGAAGGCUCGAACGCAAGCAACGGAGUCAGCAACGGCGGUGUGGCGCGCUGGUCGCUGGGUCUUGAGCAUCUACUGGCGGAUACGGCCGGGGCUGCCGCCUUCGCGCACUUUCUGGACAAGGAGUUCGCUGCCGAGAACAUCAGAUUCUGGUGGUCGUGCGAGCAGUACCGCACGUGCGAGGGCCCGGGCGCGGACAACACUCGCACGCAGCUCGCAGACCAGAUCUGGCAGCGCCACCUGGCGGACGGCGCGCCCGAGCCUGUCAACAUCGACGCGGCCGCCAAGCGAGCCACCGCGCUGCGGCUCAACCAGGUGCCGCUGCCCGCAGACCUGUUCAACCAGGCGCAGAAACAGAUCUUCAACGUGAUGAAGUUCGAUAGCUACCCGCGGUUCCUGCGGUCCGGCGUGCACGCGGAGUGCGCCCGCGCCGACCUGCGUGGUCUGCCGCCGCCCUACGGGGCAGCUCCCGGAGCCGCCCCCGCGCCCGUCUCCCCCGACAACAGCACCAAGAUAAAAAAGUCGAUGUCGAACGCGUCGGAGCGACGACGCAGCGGCGCGGGCUCUCUCCUGCCGUGGAGACUACGGGCCGCCUCCCGAGAACGAGACACCGGCCCCGCCCCAGACAACGCCCCUAUGGCGCAGGUCCCGCAGGUGCCGCAGGUGGCGGCGGGGUGCAGCCUGUGCCGCGUGGUGCUGCCGGACGGCGCCACGUCGGUGGUGGGCGUGGAGCAGGGCGUGUCAGUGCGGCGCCUGGUGGACCGCCUGCUACAGCGCCGCAAGCUGCCGGUCCACACCUACGUGGUGCUGCUACCCGACCAGGAGGGCGAGUCCCGCGAGGUGCAGCUGGACGGGCCGUCGUCGGCGCUGGGCGGGCGCUGCGCCGUCGUGGAGCGGCGCUGCGUCGUGAGGGUGGCGCUGGGCUCGCGCUGUGUGGCCGUGCGGGCCCGACCCGAGCGACGGCUGCGGCACGUGCUGCGGCCGCUACUGACGCGGUACGCGCCCGCUGCGGCGCCCGCAGCCGGGCCCGUGCGCCCGCUGCACCCCGACACACUGCUGCAGGAGCUGGACGGAGCCCGGCUACAGAUCGUGGAGCUGGAAGGAGAGUGGCGCGCUGUGCUGUGUGGGCCAGGGCCGGGGGGGGACGGGGGGGACCUGGCGGGGGGGGCGGGGGCCGCCGAGAGCGAGGGAGACGACGACGCACUGGUCAGUGGAUCAUAG